UCCAUCUUGUCACAUGAUAUCGAGGUUGACGUUGUCUCAACUAUAAAUGUGUUGCCCUGCUCGUGUGUGAAAGUGUACCUGUCUGUUUAUAAUUUCACAUAGUGUUUUUGCUAAAGUCAAACGAAGACAAUGAACAACCUAAUUCGGUCUACAGUUCGCUGUCUUCGGUUGAGUUCAUCGGUCUAUCUACCGAAGCAAUUUGAUGGACAACAUGUAUCGUUGGUGUCCUCGGCCCGGCUCAUGUGUACUGCGGCCUUACAGAAAGACCUUGGCGAUAUUGUGAAGAAGGACAAGGUGGUGGUGUUUAUGAAGGGGACGCCUGCCCAGCCAAUGUGUGGUUUCAGUAAUGCCGUGGUUCAGAUACUGAGGAUGCAUGGUGUGAAUGAAUAUGCUGCAUAUAAUGUGUUGGAUGACCAGGAUCUCAGACAAGGUCAGUACAGCUCGCUACUUUUUACUUCCAAAUACUAGCCUACAUUUUAUUCUGACUGAUCGUUUUUAACCUUGUAAGUUAGUUAGUAACAAUAGUUUCAGUAAGAUGACAAUAAUGAACUAUAUGUAUCUAUGGUACAUCAACCUGUCCAAAAGUAGUUGUGCUCCUUUUCAAAUCUAGCUAACCAGGUUCACAGUAUUUUAUCAGUGUUUUGCAGCAAGGACAAAUAGGGUGUGGUUCAUGUCAAACGUUAAGACUACUUCUGUGCUGACAUUUAUUAUGCUUGUUAUAGCAAUUUAUGUUACUAGGUAGUCCCUUAAUUUUUACCGUGACUGUUGCUAUUCAAUGGGACUAGUAGAGACAACAUUGUGUAACAGCCUAUGAAUAUAAGGAAAUGCUAACUUGCAACACAAGUGCGUCAAAGGAAUUGUCAGUUGGGGAAUUGUUAUCUUACAACACCAGCAUACUGCUGAAAUUGGGCCAUAAUGGAAAUGUUGUAUGGAUAUUGUGUCAACAUGUUAAUUCUUCCUGUCUCUCUCACAGGAGUGAAGGACUUCUCCAACUGGCCCACGAUCCCACAGAUAUUCUUAAAUGGAGAGUUUGUGGGCGGCUGUGACAUCCUCCUACAGAUGCACCAGAACGGCGACCUGGUAGAAGAGCUCCAGAAGCUUGGGAUCCGCUCUGUGCUGCUGGACGUUGAGAAAGAAUCCAAGUAGACAAACCAGUCGGUCGGUGUCCAGUUUAGAGAAAGCUGGUGGUUGACUUUUAGCCCCUAGAACCCUAGGCACUUGUGUAGAUCUUAUAUUUGUUAGAUGUAUGUGAAAGCGUAUCUUUUAAGCCACAUGGUGAACGUUUUCAGAAGACACUGGCAAGCUGGAGCUACAAGCAUGUUGUGCAGGUAGCCUAGUGGUUAAGAGCAUUGUAACCCAAAAGGUUGCUGGUUCAAAUUCCUGAGCCGACUAGGUGAAAAAUCUAAUCGAUGUGCCCUUGAGCAAGGC